AUGGUAAAAAUUAAAACAAUUAGUCGUUCAGAGUUGGAAUGGACAAAAGAUCGCUCUACAGAGGUUCCCAAAGCCAACCGCAAUUAUGAUCCUAAGUUUAACCCCAUGGCAAAGCAAGUUGAAUUUACAAGAGCUGUGCGUGCCGCUAAGUUGGAUAGAAUGUUUGCCAAACCUUUUGUUGCUGCUCUACAGGGACACCAAGAUACAAUUCGUUCCAUUGCAACCGAUUAUACAAAUUUGUCAACCACUGCUACCGGAUCCAUUGAUGGUGAACUGAUAAUAUGGGAUAUGCUAACAAAAAAAUCACGAGCUGUUAUCAACGCCCACCGCCAUUCUAUUGAAGGUACUGUGAUUUCGCCAGAUGGUGUUGCUUGCUUUACUGCCUCUCGAGACAAAGUUGUGAAGAUGUGGGACCUAGAUCUUGGGAGCUCUGAGGAGGCCGCUGAGCCUGUUGCAGAGUAUUUGGGUGAUUUUCCUUUUUCGUCUAUUGACCAUCAUUUUCAUAAGCCUUUAUUUUGUACAUCAUCCGAUACCAUCAGUAUUUGGGAUAUAAAUCGUACCCAACCCAUUCAGAGGUUUUCCUGGGGUGAUGACACUAUUUCAUGUUGCCAGUUCAACAAGGUAGAAACGAACCUUGUAGCUUGCUGUAUGUCUGAUCGGGGUGUCAUUAUCUAUGACACGCGUAGUGAAUCGGCUCAUAGCAAAAUUCUUCUAGAAAUGUGCUCCACGUCACUUUCGUGGAGCCCGAUGGAUCCUAAUGUUUUUGUAACUGGAAGUGAUGAUCGCAACUGCUAUUUGUUUGAUAUUCGCGUUCCUGGUAGACCUCGAAAUGUGUUCCAAGGUCACAUUCAACCUGUGUCAUCGGUGGAUUUUUCCCCUGCAGGGAACAUGUUUGCGGCAGGAUCCCAGGAUUACACUAUUCGGAUAUGGGAUAUUAAUCAGAUAGUUAAGUCUGACUCUUUGGAGAUGUUUCAUACAAAGCGCAUGGCGCGGGUUUCUUGCGUCAAAUGGUCACCUGACAACAAUUAUAUUUUUAGUGGCAGUGAAGAUGCCGUUCUGCGCGUGUGGAAAUCAGAUGCGAGCAAACCCAUUAGGCCUUUGAGAGGACCAGAAAAGCAUACGUUUAAUUAUAUGCGGACGUUGAAAAAUCGAUACCGCAAUUUUAUUGAAGUGAAGCGAAUCACUAAUCAGCGCAAUGCCCCUAAAGCUGUUUUGCGUGCCUCUAAACGUUUGAAGAAAGCUGGUAAGCGAGAAUUGCUCAAGGAAAUGUCCCGUAGGAAGACUGAAAACAUUAAACCACUAGCUAAGCGUAAGGUCUAUGAUUAUAUUGAGUAA